CAGCUGAAUGGCUGUCACUGUCAGUCAGCUGUCAAGUGAAUACAGUAAAAAUCACAAAAAUCGGGGUUUUCGUCUUUGGUUUUCAUUUUCAAAAUAAAUCGCAAGUAAGGAAGCCGAACGUAUUUAGUUUGGUUCGUGCAGUAACUCUUUAGGUUGCUUGUGUUUAUUUCGUUGCUGUUGGAGCUGUGAUAACGAUGUCUCAAGCUCGUUUAGCGACUUGUAUUCCUUUGCCGCUGGACCACAAAGUCUUGGUGAAUGUUAUUGAAAAAGCAAAAGACUGGGCCUUGAUGCAUGGAGUUGGAAUGAGGGAUAAGAAGCAAUUCAAUAAGGACUCCAUUCAGAUCGCCCCAUUUGUACUGCUGCCGUCACCAUUCCCACAGACGGAGUUCAACAAAGCUGUGGAGCUGCAGCCCGUACUGAACGAGCUGAUGCAUAAGGUGGCACAUGACGACGAGUUCUUAGAACACACGCUACAGAACGCCUUGCAAGUGGACGAAUUCACCGCCAAUCUCUACAACAUCUGGGUGAAAGUCAGGAACGAGGGGGUGGCUCAGCCGAUAUCGCUAGGCAUGCUCCGUUCGGACAUCAUGUUGGAGUCGCGGUGUCCCCACACAGAGAAUCAGUGCGCGAAGCACACGCCCUACUGCUCGUGGAAGCAAGUGGAGAUUAACAGUAUUGCGUCCGGCUUCGGACACCUAGGGCCCACCCUCAGCCUGGGCCUGUUUCGCUCCGACUACCUGAUGCAGAAGGGCGGCAACCACAUUAAGCAAGUGGAGUUUAACACUGUGGCAUCCAGUUUCGGCGCCAUCGCGUCGAACCUACCAGCCAUGUCUCGCUACAUAUUAAGGCAACUUGGUCACGGUGAUCUAAUUAAAAAUAUGCCCGAAAACCGCGCUCUAUCCGGCCUCUGCUCGGGUAUAACGGACGCUUUCGACUUGUUUGGGGCGCCAGACGCGGUCGUCAUUUUCGUUGUGGAAGAGGUCUCUUACAAUAUCUGCGACCAGCGGUUCCACGAGUUCUACAUAUCUGAGACACGUCCUGAGAUACAGAUAAUGAGGAAGACUUUAAAUGAAAUUUAUGAAGAGACUGAACUUAACGAUAAGAAGCAAUUGAUUAUAGAUGGACGCCCAGUCGCUGUGGUGUACUACCGGUCGGGAUACGAACCGGCGCAAUAUCCAUCGUCGCGAGAGUGGGACGCAAGACUGCGCGUUGAGAGAUCCACAGCAAUCAAGUGCCCCUCCAUCCACUACCAGCUAGCCGGCACGAAGAAGGUGCAACAAGCGCUGGCAGGACCAGGCGUGUUAGAGAAGUUUAUGGGAGCGGGCGCAGCAAGUAGUCGCGUGCGGGACAUAUUCACGGGGCUCUACUCGUUGGACUUUGACGAGGGAGGCGAGCGGGCUGUGGAAAUGGCGCUUGAGGACGCAGAAAGGUUCGUUCUGAAACCGCAGCGCGAAGGUGGUGGUAACAAUUUGUACGGUGCGGACGUACGCGAUGCUCUCGUACGCAUGCGCCACAGCCGCGAGCGCGCCGCCUACAUCCUCAUGGAACGCAUCCUGCCGCCGCUGGUUUCCGGAUACGUGGUGAGACCGGGCGCAUCUGUCCCACCGCCCGUCACUGACUUGGUGUCUGAACUGGGAAUAUUUGGGGUCAUCAUUGGCACCAAAGACAAGAUCUUCAGCAACAAGCAAGUGGGGCACAUGCUGCGGACCAAACUAGCAGACGCGAAUGAGGGCGGAGUCGCCGCCGGCUUGGGGGCUCUUGACUCGCCCUACUUGCUGCAACUCUAGCACGAUACGUCUAUGGAACUUAUAACGUCUCUGAACUAGCCGUGAUUUAUGUUUGAAAUCUAGAGCGGUAUUACCACGGAACAGAGGCGGUACUGAAACGUCAUGUCGUGCUCAAAGUAAACGUAUUACACCAUGUUACCUACAAGAAAUCAAUAUGGAAUUUCUAAAUAAAUAUUUUUUUAACGUACCCAAAAACAUUAUGGCUGUGCCAUACGUUUGAUAUUGAUAGUUAAAUAGAUAUUAUUUUUAUCUGAAUUAUUUUUAAUUUUUUUCGAACACUUGAUUGACUUUUUAAACUUAUUUUGGCUUGCAAGAGCGUUAUAUUAGGUGCCUUAAUAAACCAUAAGGCACGCGUAUACGCGAUUACCAAAAUUAGCCUCUAAGCGCUUAAAACGUUAGUCGGAGUCUUCAUAAUUGUUUAAAAUAAUUACCCUCAUCAAAAGGUUACCACAAGUUUGUAACAAUUUCGUUAUUUAAUUUUAACUUAAUAAUUAUUGUAAUUACUAAUGGAAAAGGUAUUAUUAAUUCUACAUUCCGUUUCUGUCUUGUUUUUAUUUAGCAUAAAUGUUUAUUUUUCUAUUAUUGCGAUAAUUACAUAUUUUAACUGUCCUAGUUAAAUUGGUAACAGUAAAAUUAUAAAAUUUAGUUGCAACACCAUUGUUACUGUAGUGUUGUUAUAUUUUCUAUUUUGUGAUGAAAAGACAAAUAAUUCAGUGAAAAUGGUGUGUGAAAACUUUUUAAUUAUAUUUUAUUAAUUUCAAAAUAUAACUAAGAUGUAUUUUAAUAAUUCAUAGGCAACCAGCAAAACGAAAACUUUGUUAUAGUUCGUUUUACCAAAUGGACAACACUUGCAACUGUAUAAAUUAUUAUUAUAAUGAAAUCAUGCAAAAUGUAACAUUAUUUAAUUAUGCAUUUAUUAAAACUUAUGAAAUGGAACAAUCUGUUCUGUAAGUUACUGGUGCUGUUAACUGUUUAAGGUUUUAUAAACAAAAUAAACCAUUGAUGAAAACCUAAA